UGUGCAGAAGUCCUUCUUGUCCUGGUCGUUUUUCCCGUCUGAGUACCAGUUCCCUCUUGCCCAGAGGACAGGCGGGCCUGCGGCAUAGGGGAGGAGGAGGAAAAGGAAAUUGUCCCGGAUCCCUGCAGUUUUUCCAUAGGUUGCGGUACAACGCCAAGCAAGAGAAGAGGAAGGAAAUUAACCACAAUCACUGAAGGUCAAUUUGAGGUACUUAGUCCCCAUAUUUUCGAUCUGUCAUCCAGUAGGUCUUCUGUAGCAGGUGGCACCGAUUGAAGCGAGGAAGUUUCACAGAAUCAGCAGAGAUCCAUCUCCAGAAUCAGUAUUGUGACCUUGAAGUGGCUGAAGAACAUCACUCUUCUCAAGCCUGCACUCAGGCCCACAACCCCCUUCUCUUACUCAGAGUGACUACUCCGUUUCUUGGUCCCUGCUGUUGCCAGGGACGAUUGCAUGGGCUACGCCAGGAAAGUAGGCUGGGUGACUGCAGGCCUAGUGAUUGGAGCUGGAGCCUGCUAUUGCAUCUAUAGACUGACUCGGGGAAGAAAACAAAGCAAGGAGAAAAUGGCUGAGGGUGGCUCUGGGGAUACUGAUGAUGCUGGGGACUGUUCUGGGGCCAGGUAUAAUGACUGGUCAGAUGAUGAUGAUGACAACAAUGAGAGCAAGAGCAUAGUGUGGUACCCUCCUUGGGCUCGGAUUGGGACUGAGGCUGGGACAAGAGCUAGAGCCAGAGCAAGGGCCAGGGCUAACAGAGCUCGACGAGCUGUACAGAAACGGGCUUCCCCUAAUUCUGAUGAUACUGUUCUGUCCCCUCAAGAGCUACAGAAAGUACUUUGUUUGGUUGAGAUGUCUGAAAAGCCUUAUAUUCUUGAAGCAGCUUUAAUUGCUCUCGGUAACAAUGCUGCUUAUGCAUUUAACAGAGAUAUUAUUCGUGAUCUGGGUGGUCUCCCAAUUGUUGCAAAGAUUCUUAAUACUCGGGAUCCCAUUGUUAAGGAAAAGGCUUUAAUUGUCCUAAAUAACUUGAGUGUAAAUACAGAAAAUCAGCGCAGACUUAAGAUAUACAUGAAUCAAGUGUGUGAUGACACAAUCACAUCUCGCUUGAACUCCUCUGUGCAGUUGGCUGGACUCAGAUUGCUUACAAAUAUGACUGUUACUAAUGAGUAUCAGCACAUACUUGCUAAUUCCAUUUCAGACUUUUUUCGCUUAUUUUCAGCAGGAAAUGAAGAAACUAAACUUCAGGUUUUGAAACUUAUUUUGAAUUUGGCUGAAAAUCCAGCCAUGACUAGAGAACUGCUCAGGGCCCAAGUACCAUCUUCACUGGGUUCCCUCUUUAAUAAGAAAGAGAACAAAGAGGUUAUUCUUAAACUUCUGAUCAUUUUUGAGAACAUAAAUGACAAUUUUAAAUGGGAAGAAAAUGAACCUACUCAGAACCAGUUUGGUAAAGGUUCACUCUUUGUCUUUUUGAAAGAAUUUCAAGUGUGUGCAGAUAAAGUUCUGGGAAUAGAAAGUCACCAUGAUUUUUUGGUGAAAGUAAAAGUUGGAAAAUUCAUGGCCAAACUGGCUGAGCAUAUGUUCCCAAAGAAUCAGGAAUAACUUCUUUACUUUGUAGUUUAGAAGUAACACACAUUGUAAACUAUUCCUUUUCUCCACCUUGUUUAUAUGGCAAAGGAAUUCUUUCAGCUGCCAAUUUUGACUAAUGAAUACCAUAUUGUAUCAUCAUCGCUGAUAUUUAACCAAGUUGGUCUUCAGGUUUAAGCUGGGUGAAUGAAUAUCACUACUUGUUCUGAAAACAUGUUUGUUGCUUUUUAUCUCGCUGCCUAGAUUGAAAUAUUUUUACUAUUUCCUCUGCAUAAGUGACAGUGAACCAACUCAUCAUAAGUAAGCUCCUUUUUGUCCUUUGCAGUGAUUUAAUUUGUACAUCAUCAAUAGACUUGUGUGUUAAUGCCAGAAAGGGGAAAAAAGGAAUAGAGAAACUAUCCUUGUCCUUUGGUUUAUGGUAUAGUUGGAGAGAUAAGAAAUAAACCAAAAACAAACAGAAUAUCUAGAACAUGCAGUCAUUGUCAGAUGUGUGCCCUCAAAGCCCAGAUGAAGCAAAGCUUCUGUGGAUGCACAAGUCAACUAAAGCUUCAUGGAGGACAUGCCAUUGAAAAUGAGUUCCCAGUAGGGUGGGGGACUUAGGAAAUUCCAGGCUAUAGGAGUCAGGGGGAGUAGUGUGAGAAAGAUGUUGAGAUAGGAGCCUUCUUCCUGUGGCAGGCAGAAGAGCAGUCUGCUUAGAGUGGAGAGUGUGGGAAAUAGGAUUAAAUGAGUUUGCAAAGCGAGGUGAAGUCAAUUGUGGAUGGGUGUUUGAAUAUUAUCCUACUGAACACCUAGCACCAUUAAAUAUUUUUGACUAAAUAAGUAUGAUCCAUAUAAAUGUCUCCCUAUCUCUCCUACAGUGCAGCAUCAAGGAUGGUGCAGCAAAAUGCACCUUUUCACACUCUGAUGAUGGUGAUUUGGUAAUGUGCAUCAUUAAGCCUUAAAAUAUGUAAACCUUUAGUCCUAAGGAAGUAACUGAAUACUUGGCCAAAGAUUCUAUGUGCAAGACUGUUUCACAUCAGCACAGUCUAAGGUAGUGCAAAUUGGAAGCAAUUUCAGUGUUUAGCAUAGUGCAUUGUUUAAAUAAAUUUAGGAAUGACUGCACCAUAGGACAUGAUAAAGAUGCUGAUGGAAAUCUAUACUGCCAGGGAAAGACAUUCAUCAUGCAUUUUUAAUUGAGAAAGGUAAGUUAGAUAGCAGUAUUCAUAGUAUGAUUUUGUUGGGGGGGAUACUAAAUCAUCUUUAAAAAGAUAAAAAAAACUAUGGAAUUAUAUACAGGCAAAUAGUAACAAUAAUUAUCUUUGGAUAAAGGAUAAUCAGUGAUCUUUACUUUUUUACUUUUUCUUAAUCUCUAUGUUCUUAUUUAUCUAAAAUAAAUAUUAAUUUUUAGGAAAUGUAUGAGAAAGAAAACUAUUGGGAAUGAAGCAGGUGAUUAAUGUGAGAAGAAAAAAUAUUUAGACUGAAAAUGAGGUGGGUUUGAAGUUUUACCUUUGAAAUGAUAGAUGAGUGGUGAAGGGCUCAUUGCAAGGAUUAAAUGAAAUGAUAAUUACAAAGUACUUCUACUAUUCUGGCAUGUAGCAGUUAAGAAAAGUGAAUAACCUUAAGUAUCUAGAAUGUAGGGGUGAUAAUUUUUUGGUUGACCUUUGUUUCACUGGGACAUUCUGCUAUGUUUCAAUGUCAUUUAAUAAAUAAUAUCAAUAAAGGUUAACAUUUAUUAAGUGA